AUGGAGCCCAUGGAGCCGAAGGAGCCGAAGGAGCCGAAGGAGCCGAAGGAGCCGAAGGAGCCGAAGGAGCCGAAGGGCGACGGCUUGGAGUUUGUGGUUCUGAAGGACUACUUCGGCCAUGAGACCUUCCGCGGCGGCCAGCGGGAGGUGAUUCUGGCGGCUUUAGAAGGGCGGGAUGUGGCGGUGUUUUGGACGACUGGCGCAGGGAAAUCCUUGUGCUACCAGCUGCCGGCCGUACAAAGCGGCAAGACGGUUCUAGUGGUCUCGCCUCUGAUUUCCUUGAUGCAAGACCAGGUCCACCGCUUCAAUGCGACCGUGGGGGCUCAGGGCCGGCCCCGCGCCUGCUUCCUGGGCUCUGCCCAGGUGAACCCGGGCACAGAGGCCGCCGCUCUGGCGGGGCAGUUCAGCCUGGUGUAUCUGACUCCGGAGAAGCUGACCGGGGGCUUCCUGUCGAAGCUGAAAGCUGCCGCCACGCCGUUGCUGCUGGUGGCGAUUGAUGAGGCCCACUGCAUCUCCGAGUGGGGACACGACUUCCGGCCGGCCUACCGCGGGCUCCAAGGGCUGCGGGACGGGCUGGAUCUGCAAGUGCCGGUGAUGGCGCUCACGGCCACUGCCUCCGCCCGGGUGCAGGAGGACAUCCAGCAGAGCCUGGGCCUCCUCUCCCCGCUGCUGGCGCGCAGCUCCUUCGACCGGCCCAACUUGCAGCUCCGCGUGGCCCGCAAGACCUCCAGGGCGCAGGACCUCGCGCGCGUGGCGGAGCUGGCGCUGGCCGGCUCCACCAUCGUGUACACUAUGACCCAGAGUGAGACAGAGAGCGUGGCCAGCUUUCUCACGGAAAAGCUUGCUGGCCGUCGGGUGGCUUGCUACCAUGGUGGUCUGUCUAUGGGGGAGCGGGAAGAGGCACAUGUGACCUUCCUCAACGGCCAGGCACAGGUGAUCGUGGCGACUGUUGCCUUCGGCAUGGGCAUCGACAAGCCUGACGUGAGGCGCAUCAUUCACUACGGGCCGCCGAAGACCGUGGAGGACUACUUUCAGCAGAUCGGCCGCGCCGGGCGCGAUGGACUGGAUGCGAUGUGCGAGCUCAUUUGCUCCGACAGCGAAUUCCGCAGCUACUCCUCGGACUUCUACAUGAAGAAUCUCAGCGAGGAGAACAAGAAGCACGUGGCGGCCUCCACGGAAGCCUUGCGCCGCUUUGCCGGCGCCAGCACCUGCCGCCGCCGCUGGCUCCUGGACUACUUUGGCGAGGUCGCACCCGACUUCCGUUGCGGCCGCUGCGACGCCUGCGAGGCCGGUGGUGCCACCCGGGACUUCCGUGCUGCGGUGGCCCCCAUCUUGCAGGCCGUGGCCGCUGUGCGCUUCCCGCAGGCCUUGACCAGCCUGCUGCAGAUCAUCGCAGGCAAGCCGAAGGGCAACUCCUUGUCGAUGCAGUCGCUGCAGUCGAUCCAGUCACUGCGCAAGGACUUGCCCCCGCUGAUGAAGUCGGAGCCGGUGGUCCGGGAGCUGAUUGUGUCGCUCUGCGAGGCAGAGUACCUGCAGCGCCGGACGGUGAAGACGACCCGGGAGUUUUGCUCCAGCUUCGAGGUCUACGUUUUGACGGAGAAGGGCCGAGCCGCGCUGAACACUUCCGUCGUUCUGCCCGUCUCCCCCGCCAUCCGCCAUCAGGAGGCGGAGCAGGAAAGGCGGCGCAGCGCCAUGGCCAAGGAGGUGGCCAGCUUUGGGCUGGAUGCCAGCAGUCUGCCCCCCCACCUGGAGGACAGUCCCGUCCUCUGGUACGUCCGCAAACUGCAGCACUGGAAAGCCAGCGGCGACUUGGGAAAAGUGGAGAAGCACGAAGCGCUGCGGCAGCAGAUCCUGCGCUGGCGAGAAGAGGCCGCGCAGCGCUUGCGCCUGGCGCCAGCUGCGGUGCUGUCUGAGUACACCUGUGUGGCCCUCACGUACGUGCAGCCCACAACGGUCGAGGCCAUCAAGAGUGUCGGCGUGCGAAUCACCGGUGUGGAGGAGUUGGCGUCGCUGAUCUCCAAGGCCAAGGAGGACAUGAAGGGCGCGGAAGGAGCGGAAGGCACGGAAGGAGCGGAAGGAGCGGAAGGAGCGGAAGGCAAGGGGAGCACAAGCCAGGUGGAAGGCAUCCCGACGCCGUCGAGGCGAGUGAUGCAGAGGCAAGUGCAAAUGCAGCUGCCAGCAGGCCAAGUCGUCCCGCCCCGGAAGUGGCCGGCAGCUGUGUACAAGCCUGGCAAGAAGGGCGCGAAGCCGGUCUGGGAGCUCUCUUACGAUAGGUUCUUACAGGGUGAGUCAGUGCACAGCAUUGCCAUGUCAGUGUCUGGGGCGGCAAUUCAGCCCAGCACUGUGCGGAGCCAUGUUCUGACGGCCUGGGCCUUCGGCAAGCCGGUGGAUCUCAGGCGCCUCGAGUCCGAGAGCCUCCCUUCCCAGGCGGAGUGGAGCCAGCUGGAGGAGGCCGCCGCGGCCAGCGGCGCCGAUUUCGACGCGGAGGUGAAGCUGAAGGACGUCCUGGCGCAGCUGCUGGGGGACAACGUCCACGCGAACCCGGGUCUCAAGUCUGAGGCGGACAAAGAAGUGGAGCGGCAGUGGUACGAGCGCAUGCGCUUCUGGGAGGCUUGCCGCAAGGUGCAGUUCCAGCCCACCUUUGAAGGGGGAGACGCAAAGCGUCAGCGCUUGGACUGA